AUGGUCUAUGUCAACAACGACAUUCCGUUCGACAAUGAUUGUAUCGCUACAAUGUUAAACGAUGGGGACGAUGCCGAUGAGGCUGUGCUUCAAUUUAAUGAGCGCAGAAGAGUUCAAGAAACAAAUAAAAGGACAGGAGGUCAUACGUCAAUCUGUGAUCUAGAUAAUGGAACACAGAACAGUAUGAGAAAUAUAGACUCUCUAGAUGACUUUGGGGCUAAGUCGCCACAAGCAAGAAAGCAGGAGCACCAUGCACUUUCAGUGGGAGACGAUGUGCGCAUUG